AUAAUCUGUCAAGACGAUGAAAAUAUUGAAAGACGAAAGUUAAAACAAAAAAAAAGAGAAUUGAGACCAUGAAUGAAUGAAUUCAUUAAUAAUUCAUGAGUACCUAUUUUUUAUUACUAUUCAUAGAUCUAUUGAUGAAGAAUACGCAUACAUGACCACUUCGUCGGAAAUCGACUCGAAUGCAUGUGGUUUUAUGAAUGAGAUAGUAAAACUAGUUGGUUGGCGCACAGCCGCGCGGGUGUAGUGAAUUUUAGUGGUCGGGCUGUGUCAUGGGUAAGGAUAAAGAAGUGAGGAUUUCACGAUGGUACUUUGGAGGCCUGGCAUCAGCUGGGGCUGCAUGCAUCACCCAUCCCUUGGAUUUGCUAAAAGUCCAAAUGCAAACACAAAAAGGAAAAAAUAUUUCUAUGCUGAAAUUGACUGGAAUAGUUAUCAAAAAUCAAGGUGUCAUGGGACUUUAUAAUGGCAUAUCAGCAUCUCUACUGAGGCAGCUAACAUAUUCAACUGCCAGAUUUGGAAUAUAUGAAAUGGCUAAACAAAAACUUGCACCAAAAGAUGGUACUUCUAUGCCAUUUUAUAUGUCAGCGUUCCUAGCGGGAUUAGGCGGAUUUGCUGGAGGAUUUGUGGGAAACCCAGCUGACUUGGUAAAUGUGCGAAUGCAAAAUGAUGUCAAGCUACCUCGUGAGCAACGAAGGAACUAUAAAAAUGCUGUCCAUGGAUUAUGGCGCGUCGCAGCCGAUGAAGGCGUGUUACGGCUCUGGGCAGGCGCGUCCAUGACUUGCAGUCGCGCCGUGCUUAUGACCAUUGGGCAACUAUCGUUCUACGACAAAAUCAAAGAACUUCUACUUACUACCUCAUAUUUUAGUGACAAUGUGGUGACGCACUUUACAUCGAGUUUAUUGGCUGGAGCUAUCGCGACCACCAUGACUCAACCCGUUGAUGUGCUGAAGACUAGAGCAAUGAAUGCUAAGCCAGGUGAGAUCAAGAGCAUAUUUAAGCUGAUAAAGAGCACCGCUAAAGAAAGUCCAUUAGCAUUUUUCAAAGGAUACAUUCCAGCAUUUGCGAGACUCGCGCCUCAUACUAUUUUAACAUUUGUGUUCCUAGAACAACUUAGAAUGAAUUUUGGUAUAGUUAAAUUGGAAUUAGUUCAAUAAAUGUUAUAAUAGUAUAAUACUGCUUACUAGUUACAACAUUUAGUUGCAUUUAGGAAAAAUAUAUUAUGAAAGAUUGUUAGGAAGUUAAGAUAUUAACUUAUCCUUGUUGUUUGUUAACUUUUAGACCAGAAUUAACUUUGUAGACAAUACAAUAACAUACUCAUUCUAGAAAACUAAUUUAUUGGAAGAAUUUAACUCUGACUAGGUCAUCAUCAUAGGCGUUAUUUAAUAGUUUUUUUAGAUAACUUAUUAUUAUUAUACCAUUUCAAACAUUGAUAGUUACUGUUAUUUGCAGUAAAUAAGUGUAAUAGUAUUUUGAUAUUUUUUUUACAUCAACAAGUGACUAAUAUUAUUUUAUUUACAUAAAUCUUGACAUUUUUAAUCUGUUAUUACAGUCUUCCAAUCCAAUGUUCAAUAAUAUACAGCUAAAAAUGGUUUAUCGAAAUAAUUUCAUAACCAUGCUACAAUAUUGUCCUGGCCGUAUUCAGAUUUUUUACAUAAGAUCACAAAAUAAAGGUGUCAGUGGAAUACUAUUACUUAUUGUAUAAAAGGUUUAUUUGAUUACCUAA